AUGAACAAUUUCAUUAUCCUGGCAGAAAUAGUGGAGUUGAUGAAAAAGGUUGUCGAGGAAGACACGGAAUUGUCGGUAGAGGAAAGAAACUUGCUUUCCAUUGCUUAUAAUAAUGUUAUUGGGACCAGAAGGACUUCGUGGCGAGUUUUCGGUGGAUUAGAGGGCUCUGGACAAAUCCGUGCGAACCCCAAGGCGGCUGGACCUUUGAAGCAAUACCGCGAGGAGUUAGAAUCGGAAAUCAAUAAGGUUUCCACGGAAGUACUGGAGUUGUUGGAUAAAUACCUCAAAGCCAAAUAUCGCGGCAGAUUCGCAUGUUUUCUACUUGAAAAUGUAAGUGAUGCCAUUCGGUUGUAA